GUGAACAAAGCACACAGAAAAUUUGUUCAUUGAAUUUGGAAGGUCCACAGUCCAGCUGAGUCCAGCUUCCAGCUGGAAUUUGGAAAGCAAGGCAUUGAAGUUUUCUCGCUUCUGCCAAGAAGCGAGAACUUUGCUGAAUCCAUGUCCUAUCUGUGGAGUCUCGACUUCAUGAGUGUACACUGCAGGUGAAUGCAGUUGGGAACGCCGCCCUGCCAUAUACUGCUGUCAUCCCAGCCGAUGACGUAAAUUUGAAAACCCCUGAUUACAAUUGUAGUCUCUCUGUUUAAAUAGAAGCUAGACAUGGAUAGAAGCAGCUGGCAAUGCCGUCAGAACAAGCAGCUUGGCUGGCGGCCAGCGGGGCUCCUCAUACUAGUUACUCUGAGCUCGCUUCUGAAUCCAGCGACAGCUCAGUCUACACCUUGCGGCCCUUCUCUGAACUGUGUCAAUGGGGCCUUGUGCAACGAAACGCCCGAGUCUGCAACGGGGGGCGUGGCUUACCUGUGCGCCUGCCUGAACGGGUUCUCGGGGCCGAACUGUGAAACGAAGGUUACAGCAUCUGGUACAGGAUCUACGACAUGCGGACCAAAUCUCUUGUGCUUAAACGGUGGGGUUUGCAACGAGACCCCCGGAGCAGAGGCAGGAGGGGGAGGGGCUUACUUGUGCGCCUGUCCGAACGGGUUCAACGGGCAAGACUGCGGGACUCCAUGUGGGGGAGUGUCACAGGCACCCUGCAGUCCAGCUAGCACGGCCAGCAGCAGUGGCCCCACCGCCGCGCCGCUUCCAACCACCUCCACACCGACCUCCGCGCCAGUAACCCCCUCCCCGGUUACCACUCAACCCGCCUCUAAUCCAGUCGUUAACCCGGGGCCCGUUCCCACUGCCACGCAAGCCUGCGGCCCGAGCCUAGUUUGCCAGCACGGAGGGGUGUGUAACCAGACUCCUGGGGCGCAAGAAGGGGACACCGGAUUCUGUGCGUGCCUGGAUGGGUUCACGGGACUAGAUUGCAGCGUCGACAGCACGGGUCAGAACCGCGGGAGUACUACCACCCAGGCUACCAACGGCGUGGCGCCGGUUAUCACACCAACUGCGACGUCGUCCAUCCGCAGAGCAAGCAGCGGCGGUGGCGGGGUCAAGGUGUGGGUCAUCGUGGUCGCCGUCGUGGCCGCACUCGCUGGCGUCGUCCUCGUGGGCGCGGUUUUGCUCCUCGUGAGGCGGCGCCGGUCGGCCGGGGGCGCGCUCGCGUACCAACGGCGGGACAGCGCGCACGCGCAGAUGUCGUCCCUCGAAAGGCGCGGGGACUUUGCGGCGGACGUUUGAUGCGCGGGCAAAAGCAAUUUGGUCGAAAAGUUCUGGCAGGGAGUUCCGGCGGCGCAAAUUUUUGAGGACUAUCUGCAUAGUUGCUUUGAUGAAGGAACACGCGGAGACUUGGAGCGGAAGGCUGAGACGCACGGCGUGAAGUGCAUCGUUUGGCCGGGCUUUUUUCUUACGAGACUGGAUCUGGAAAAGGAGUGCAGUCAACGAUCCUGGACGCGAAGAUGGGUAAAACGUAGAGGGGGAUCAGCCGCUGUCAGGAUCGUAAGCUGUAACGGACUUUGAAUGGAGAGGGGGUUCCUUGCAGAUAAUCUCGGAUGCAGAGUUGCCAAAAUUUCAGAAAUUCCAAUUUUAUGCUCGAGUCAGCGUCGGUGGAGAACCAGCUUAUGAUGCACCUGAAGAAGUAGCACACUAGGUAAGUGUAGAACGUAUCCUAUAGGCCUUAAAACUGCAGGCUUCUCUGUCAACGAAGCAUGCACAACUCAACUUCGCACGCAGUCGAUCUAGGUCUAUGUCCUUGUGCUGUUGAUGAGUCUAGUUGCAUGUUCAAAGAAUCAACCCAGCCAACACCGAGGAUCGGGACGAAGCUUGUCAUCCAAUGUAUAUAUAUCACUCACCAUGAUUGGAUGGGCUCGCAG